UUAAUGUGCAGCACCCUUCCACUAUCACAUCCUAGAUCCACUGCCUGCUAAAUGGCAAGAUGGAGAGAUCAAGGGGAAAAAGAGGAAGGGAGGGGGAGUGUGUGAUGCGAGCAGAGGCACGAGAACUGAUUGUUGCAGAUGAGUAGAUGGCUCUCCCUCUCUCCAGCGCUCCUCUCUCAUGCUCAUUUCCUCAUAGAUACAAACACAGUGCUUCUCUUAGAAGAGAGAGGGAUUCUCGCAGGUGACGUCCACUCCGGAUGAUGCAGGAACAGACAUAACAUGCCUGCCGGAUCGCUGCUGUUGACUUUGAGAAGCAUCAGAGGCUGAGCUGGUGAAUGUAAACAGAGGCAGAGAAACACUGGGCAGCAUGUCUUAUGAAGAAAAGUGGGUCACUUUGAGCCCAAACGAAUUCUCUCUUCUUCAAGACUAUGCACAAUACACAACGAAGAAACUAAAAGAUGUUCUCCAGGAGUUUCAUGGAGAUGGGAUUCUGGCCAAGUAUAAUCCUGAAGAGAAGCCAGAAAUCUUCAGUCAGCAGGAAAUUGACUUUGAGGGUUUCAAGCUCUUCAUGGAGACCUUCCUGGAGAAUGAACUUGCUGAGGAGUUCUGUCAGCAUCUCUUCCUCAGUUUCUGCAACAAAGACCCAAAGCCAAGCCCCUCCAUGAUGGACAAACAGAGAAUCAUGGGUCUAAAGCUGAUAAAGGGAAACUGCACUCCGUCAAAGGUGACAACCUUGUCCAAACCUCUCGGCACAAUCCAGCUGAAGGAUAUGAUCUGCUAUCUCUCUCUCCUGGAGGGUGGACGACCAGAAGACAAACUAGAAUUUAUGUUUCGGCUUUAUGACACAGAUGGGAACGGGUUUUUAGACAGUAAGGAACUGGAGCACAUUAUCUCUCAGAUGAUGCAUGUUGCAGAGUAUCUGGAGUGGGACGUCACAGAACUGAAGCCGAUUCUGGAGGAAAUGAUGCAGGAGAUUGACUAUGACCAUGAUGGGAUGGUUUCUCUUGAAGAGUGGGUCCAGGGUGGAUUGACCACCAUUCCUCUGCUAGUGCUUCUGGGACUUGAAAAUAAUGUGAAGGAUGAUGGGCAGCAUGUGUGGAGACUGAAGCACUUUAGUAAACCUGCAUAUUGUAACCUGUGUCUGAAUAUGUUGAUUGGAUUGGGAAAGCAAGGCCUGUGCUGUUCCUUCUGUAAGUACACCGUUCACGAGAGAUGUGUGGCUCGAGCCCCCCCGUCCUGCAUCAAAACAUACGUCAAAUCCAAGAAAAACACAGAGAUGAUGCAUCAUUUCUGGGUUGAGGGAAACUGUCCAAACAAGUGUGAUAAGUGUCACAAAACCAUCAAGUGUUACCAGGGUCUUACAGGCCUUCAUUGUGUCUGGUGCCAGAUUACUCUACACAACAAGUGCGCUUCACACGUCAAACCCGAAUGUGACUGCGGAUCGCUGAGAGAUCACAUACUUCCUCCAAACACUAUAUGCCCUGUUGUACUGGAGAGACAGUCUACUCUGAGAAAAGACUCCAGCCAAUCAGGAGGCCGGGGGAAAAUACAAAGGACCAAUUCUGUAUCAGUGGAUGGACAGGGGCUACAGAUUACAUUAUCAGAAGGAACUCAUCCACUGCUGGUUUUCGUCAACCCUAAAAGCGGAGGCAAACAAGGUGAAAGGAUCUUCCGAAAGUUCCAGUACCUCCUGAACCCUCGUCAAGUCUACAACCUGGCCAAGAAUGGCCCCAUGCCUGGCUUAAAUUUCUUUCGAGAUGUUCCAGACUUCAGAGUCUUGGCCUGUGGUGGAGAUGGGACCGUUGGAUGGAUUCUUGAUGUAAUAGAUAAAGCCAACUUUGAACAGAAUCCUCCUGUGUGUGUACUUCCCCUCGGCACAGGAAAUGAUCUCGCAAGGUGUUUGCGCUGGGGUGGAGGAUACGAUGGAGAAAGUCUUUUGCAGAUUCUCAAGGACAUUGAGAACAGUACUGAAGUGAUGUUGGACAGGUGGAAGAUUGACAUCAUUCCUCUAGACAAAGAUGAAGGAGGAGAUCCAGUCCCGUACAGCAUCGUGAACAAUUACUUCUCUAUUGGCGUGGAUGCAUCUAUCGCUCAUCGAUUCCACAUUAUGAGAGAGAAACAUCCAGAAAGGUUUAGCAGCAGGAUGAAGAAUAAGCUUUGGUACUUCGAGUUUGGCACCUCAGAGACCUUCUCGGCAACUUGCAAGAAGCUGCAUGAUUAUCUUGAGGUGGAGUGUGAUGGCAUCACCCUGAACCUCGGUAACAUCUCAUUGGAGGGUAUCGCCGUCCUGAAUAUUCCCAGCAUGCACGGCGGUUCCAACCUAUGGGGAGAGAGCAAGAAACGGAGGGGUCACCGUAGAACAGGGAAGAAAUCUUCAGAAAAGAAGACCACAAUCGUUGACCCCAAACAACUUAUUUUUGCUGUCCAAGACCCCUCUGAUCAGCUGUUGGAGGUGGUGGGGCUGGAGGGGGCAAUGGAAAUGGGGCAGAUCUACACGGGUUUGAAGAGCGCAGGCAGACGUCUGGCCCAGUGUUCCUCCAUCAUUAUCAGAACCAGUAAACCCCUCCCUAUGCAAAUAGAUGGUGAGCCAUGGAUGCAAAGCCCAUGCACUAUUCAAAUCGUACAUGAGAAUCAGGCCCGUAUGCUAAUGGGCCCUCCACAAAACUCUGGCUGCUUCUCCUUCUUUCGACGCGACCGCAGAGAGAGCAAAGACUGACAACCGAAAACACCUGAGAUCAACACUGCACCCUACACGAGAUCAUGUAAAUGGUGGAAAUGUACCAAAGGAGAAGGUUCCUGAAGGUUGUAUUUUAGCAGUGGGAAGAUCUCUAAUUUUCAUCUGAUCAUUUCAGCCACCAGUUCUCUGUCUCAGCUGUUUGAUUAAACUGCCAUUUUACAAGACAUGCACUGGGAGGCCAAGGCCAACCCUGGCAGUUUAUUUGUUCUCAAAUGUUUAAAGUGCAGUCGAAAGGUACCAGGUGAAGAUACUGGACCGGUAUAAUGGAAUACGAAUCAUGGAGAUUUAUACCGGGUACAAACUGAAUGAUUUUCAGAGUCAUUGGAUCGCUGUUCUUCUCAUACUACACAACUGUCUGGUACCAUUUAGUUGCUGUUGUGUACACAUUACACAACGGAUCGGUGACAGAGGGUACACAACAUUUCAAUAGGAAUAAUUGCCAACAGCUCUGUCUGGUCUACAAACUAUGUUUCACAACCAAAUGCAUGCGAGAAGUGAUGUAUGAAAUCACUGAGUUCUCACAUGAGAAGAUUUAUUCCUGUGUGCUGAUUUGCAUCGAAAAAGAAAAAAGGAGAAUAUGAAGGAGAGCAGGUUGCUUGCUGAUGUUUUGUCUGUGACUCCUCCCCCUGAACUCUCAUUGGCUGUUGCUCAUCGUCGAUGUAAUUUCCAGUCAAAACACAUUCCACACUGCAGGACUCUUGAGUCGCAGACACGUCCAGAUAAUGUAGCAUUCUAAAUAUUUCACCGGACCAGUGCUUCUCUUAGAUUGCGUCUUUGAUAAUACACUAUACAAUUGUCACUCACGUGGACAAGCACCGAUUUGCUUCAGAUUUCGGCAUUUGUCAGCUACUUUCACAAAAUUGUUGGAAAUCGAAACUAAAAUCACGCAGUGUGUACCCAACAUUAAGCCGCGGUCACACUAGACUUUGAACGUGAAAUUUCAUCGGAUGCUGCAACGGUCGCGAUAUGGGAUCACGGUCUACAACAUCUUUUUUAUAAACAUGAAUUCAACAUAUAUAGUAAUACAUUAAAAAUGUAAAAAUAUACAACCUACUCGACGUUACUGCAAAAAUAUAAUUCUUUUAAUUCAGCCAAGAGGUCAUGCCUUAUCGAUCUUCUACUGGUCGCACACGUGAUGUGAACUCGUAGGUCACCAAACUUGAUCUUCGGAACAGCAAAAUGCGAAACUUUUCGCACGAGCUUGUGUUUCCGGUCUGAUGCAUUCGCAUGCGUAUGAAUAGAAGUCAAUGGGACGAAAAGUGCAGUGUGACCACCCCUUUAGGCAUAAUAGACACUGCAGACUUACAGACACUUAUUUAGUGCCCAAUGUGAUAUAAGACACGGCCAAAGGAAAAACAAAAUAGUUUUUAACUUAAAAUUUGUAAUGUGUUAGUCUAGUGUUACAUUUUUUAUAUGUUGUUGCAUGCUGGGUUCAAAUCCAGAACUUUUUAAAAUUGUAUUAAAUUAUAUAUUAUAUUAUAUUAUUUAAAAUUACAAAUCAACAUUACAGCCUGUUCUACAGCGGUUCUAUGGAAAAGAAUUGUACUGACCAAAUUUAGAUGUGAACCCCAUCAUUUCUACCCCAGCGUUUUUGAAAAACACUUUUUUCUACAAUAAUCAUGAAACUUAAAGGGAUAGUUCACCCAAAAAUGAAAAUUUGAUGUUUAUCUGCUUACCCCCAGGGCAUCCAAGAUGUAGGUGAUUUUGUUUCUUCAGUAGAACACAAAUGAUGAUUUUUAACUCCAACCGUUGCAGUCUGUCAGUCGUAUAAUGCUUGUCAAUGGGAACUCCAUCUAUAAGAGUCAA